UUACCAGUUGAAGAAUCUCCCAAUCUUUCUUCCCCAAGUCUCCAGACUCACAACUAAUCUCUCUCUCUCUGAAUGUCGCAGCAGAGAGAGUAAGCUUAAGAAAUCUAAGCAACCUUCUCUCAUGGAGUCCCUCACAUCAUCAAAUCCUUCCUUCUCAAAAAGCUUAUCUCUUUACCCUUCUUCUCCUCCUCCUCUCUCCUUCCUUAACCUACCUUCUUCCAUCCACAAACUCGAACCUCCCAAAUGCUCCAAACCAUCCUCCAAUCCCCAACCUGAUUUCAAUCCAAAGCUAAACCCUUUCCGCGUACUGCGCCCAAUCAUCCGAACCUUCAAAGGUCUGGUCUCCUCCCAGUCCCGGCAAUGGACGUCGCGUUUCCGAGCUUACAGGGACGACACGGCGUCGUUUUCGGAACACUUCUUCCCCGGAGGAGAUUUGAACCGGAGCGGGGGUCUGGGGAUCGCCCUCUUGAGCGUCACGGCUUCAGCCAAGGUAAAGAUCAGUCCUUUCGUGGCGACGCUCUCGGCGAACCCGACGUUCGUGUCGGCGGUGUUCGCGUGGUUCUUCGCGCAGACGAGUAAGAUGGUUAUCAAUUUCUUCAUCGAGAGGAAGUGGGACUUGAGUUUGCUGUUUGCCUCUGGUGGGAUGCCUUCUUCGCAUUCUGCUCUGUGUAUGGCUUUGACGACGUCUGUUGCGCUUUGUCAUGGGGUUGCGGACUCGUUGUUUCCUGUCUGUUUGGGGUUUAGUUUGAUUGUUAUGUAUGAUGCUAUUGGUGUUCGACGCCAUGCCGGUAUGCAAGCUGAGGUUCUGAACUUGAUCAUAAGGGACUUGUUCGAAGGACAUCCCAUCAGUCAAAGAAAACUAAAAGAAUUGCUCGGUCACACCCCUUCGCAGGUUCUUGCAGGAGCAUUAGUUGGUAUUGUGAUUGCCUGCUAUUGUUGCCAAGGCCAUCUAGUCUCAGCCUAAGAUCUCCUCUAACUCAUAAGAUUUCUGAUUAUUUUUCUCUUAUGGCAUUAGCUGAAAAAGUCUGUGCUUUGAGUACGGCUUAGUAUCGAUUUGGCUAAGAUUUGAGGUUGUAUCAUAUGUUGUAUUCAUCAAUAGAGAAAACUCUUGCUUCUUCUUUCUGUUUAUUUUUGUUUUGAGUUUAUGUAAUCUCCAGAAAAUACAAUGAGAGAGCUUAGUUUC